AUGCUGGAUCUCACACGCAACCUGCACGGCCGCAUAUGCCUCCUGGCACGCGAUCAUGAAGGAGUCGCCCACAGUCUUCACCUCGUAGCACCUGUGCUUCGCGAUCACACCGCGGAUCAGCCGGUGGUGGGUAGCCACGAUGUUCGGCAUCAGCUGCGGCAGUGUCGCCCACAGCGCCGUGCUGUUCUCGAUGUCCGUGAAGAUGAGCGUCACGGGCCGCUGCGUGUCCCUCGGCGCAUUGCGGUUGCUGCGAAGACCCCGGCGCAGGAACCACGCCAGGCACAGGGCGAACACGACAAAAGCAGCCACGCAUCCCACCACAAUGCCCACAACGGACCGUCCUUCUCCGACCAAGCCACGCUCACGCGCGUCGUCGGGGGUAACAUACACCAUGUUGGGAGUGAGAUACGGGUAGUCGUUCGCCACGCUCCCGUUGAGCACACGCUCCAUCGACAGCACGCAGAUGCCCCGAGCACCAUAGUUCUUAAUAGUGCAGUUCACAGGAACACCCUCGGGCGUAUGAUCACACUGCUUCUCGUACGGCCCAAAAUGCCUGUCGUAAAUAGUGACGAGAUUGUUCGCGUAAAGUGUCUCAAGCAGCUUGUCAGGACUACCACCUAUAGAGGUGAGCCUGAACGAAAUGACCACUACAAUGAAAGCUUCAAGGGCGCUGGGCGUAUGAUACGCCUCCUCGACAUACGUGUGGAACCAGCGCAGCAGCUUGGAAUCCUUGUGCGCCUCACUCGAGGAAUCCGACCAGAGUGGCAGGUUCGUGGUUGUCAGCAGGCGGCCACGCACAUUCGGACUCUCGCCUUCGAACACGGACACGAACACAUCAUAGUGCAGCGAGAAGUCCUGGUAGCUCACAAACACACAGGCAUUGGGAUUCACGCGCAGGUGGUCCGCAACGCGCUGCACAUCCCCGCUGUCCAGACCUACAAGCAGCGUGUACCCAGACGACGCAACGCCAGAGGUGAGCUCGUCGUCGUCACCCACACCGAGCUUCUUCACAAGCGCCACGCCAAGCGUGACGGCCGUCUUCUCCAGAACAUCCAGCAUCGCCCUCGACUCGUCCGCCGUGAGGCCACGCACCGCAGCCGUCAGACCCGUCGACGCCACCUUGCGCACCACACCCUUGUCAGACAGAUACCACAUCACCACGAAGAACUGCUGCUCGAGCGUCGGCACGAUCUCGACAAGGGUGUCGUGGGAGUACGCGUUGAGGCGUGGUCGCUUGAAGACGGGGUUUAUCACAACAAAGCCUUUCGGCAUGUCCACGGUCGUCGGUCCGGUGAAGAGGGUGACACGGUAAUCCUUGGCGUAGCUGAGCACCUUCUGGGGCACGGUGGACUCCGUUACGUUGAGCUCCUUCAGGUUGAACCCGUAUUGUGGCCAAGAAUCACGCACAGCACGCUUUUUCGAAGCUUUCUUCAUACCCAGAAAUGA